CAAAAUCACUGAUAAUGGUGGGGGAACAAAAGUGUUAUGACGUCCCCUUGAGUGAAAUAUUUUUAAGAAUUGUGUAAAGUUAUCAGCUGGAGAGGAGAUAAAUCUGUUGUUUAGUGUGUUGAGCAAAUAGGGGCUUGACUAGGUGGCACUGUGAAUGGUGGAAAAGGUACAAUUUUGAGCGAUAGCGAAGCCUUCGAGUGUGUUUACUCUCGAGCGACAUUUUCCCUCUCCCAAGCUUGUCGCACAUUCUUUGUGCAGAAAAUUUGCAUUUCUCGUGUUUAUCAGUCCGCGAGGCGCGAGCUGAAGGUUUCCUUGCUGUGGAGAUCAUUUGGACAAUGCCCAAGGGUAUCUAAAACGAACGAUGGGAAGAGAUUUUCACACAAACGACGCAAUGAAUACUUUUUCAGCGAUAAUGCAGCCCAUUGACAUCUCGUCGUCAGCCACGCCAGUGGACAUGGACAAUCUCAAGGACGCCAUGGAGUCCAGCCUGAAGCACGAGGAGCCGCCACUAAGCUCCAUUUCUAUGCAGGCGGACUUGGACGUACACGAAAGCACAAAGAAGCAACAGAGUUUCCUCCUCCUUGACGACCAGGAGCGCCUCAGUGUGCCGUCAGCGGAGGCUUUCGCGAAGCACCUCAAGUGCCCACCGAAGACUAACAUCAAGGUGGUGUCCAUCUUCGGGAACACUGGCGAUGGGAAGUCCCACACGAUGAAUCACACCUUCUUCGGCGGCGAGAAUGUGUUCAAGACAUCGCCGGAGCAAAACUCAUGCACAAUGGGUGUGUGGGCGGCCCUGCAGGCGGAUCUCGGAGUGCUCUGCCUUGACACCGAGGGCAUGCUGGGCAUCAAGGUGGAGGAGCACCAGCGCACGCGCAUGCUACUCAAGGUCCUGGCCAUAUCGGACAUUGUGAUCUACAGGACGCGCUCUGAGCGUCUGCACAAUGACAUGUUCAAAUUCCUGGGAAACGCCUCGCACGCCUUCACGCGCCACUUCUCCGAGGCUCUGCAGGCGCUCAAUCUGCCUGGGCCGCCGCAGGCUCUCGGACCCGCCGUGAUCAUCUUCCACGAGACGUGCAACACCAUUCCGCUCAAGGGCACGCUGCACUCCAACCCCGAGGAUGUGCUCAGACAGACCUUCGGACAGCUCAACAUGACUCUGGACGCCUUCAGCUCGCUGAAGUACGUGGGCAUCCAGACGGCGACGCCGCCCACGAACUACACCAGCCUCCGCAACGCCGUGAAUCUGGAGGUGGGCAACGCCACCGUGCGCUCCGCCCGGCAGCCCAGCGUUGUCUUCCAGGCGCUGCACGCGCUCAAUGCCAAGUUCUCGGGCACAAUCAACGAACAGCCAAUCAACCCCUUCCCGGAGCAGUAUUUCGCGUGCACGGCACAGUGCGCCUCGUGCGACCAGCGCUGCGAGCGCUCCAUGGGCCACGGCAGCGACCACAAGACAUCCAAGCGCUGCCGCCACCAGCAUCAGUACGGCAACAAGGUCUACCUCUGCAAGCAGUGCCUGAACAAUGGCCGGGAGGUUAUUGUCAACGUGACGACGCAGUCGGAGAGUGAACCCUCGUGGCUGGGCUUGGCGAAGUUCGCCUGGAGUGGAUCGGUGAUUGAGUGCUCGAAUUGUGGCGAGAUUUACAGAUCCAGGCAGUAUUGGUAUGGCAACAAGUCGCCCGAGGAUUACGCCGUGAAGUCGGAGAUCGUGCACGUGUGGCGCGGCAGUGAUCACAGCGUGAAGAGUCAGAUGUACUCAGCACAGAUGCUGCUGGACGGGGUCUCCUAUCUUGCGGAGACCGUGUCCAGCCUCAGUGCCCAACCAUCGAAGGUCAUCACGGACUGGGCGACGGACAAGAUCGCCCCGGAUUACUGGGUGCCAAAUGCUCAAAUCACCCACUGCCACAACUGCAGUGAGAACUUCGACAUGUCCAAGUUGCCAAAGCAUCACUGUCGGCGCUGCGGAAAAGGCUUCUGCAGUGCGUGCUCAAACAACGAGAUGCCCGUGCCGGAGCGCGGUUGGAUAGAGCCGGUGCGAGUGUGCAACUCGUGCCGGGAUUAUCUGGCAAAGGCGGAGGCUGGAGCAAAUCUCUCGUUGGAUCCGAUUCUGGUUGACGACGUAGAAACUAACCACAGAGAAUCAUCACCCUCUUCACCUGUUGUAGGCAGUGGAUAUUGCGGACCCAUUGACGACUCCAACAUACGUGCCCGACGAGUGGGAGAGGCCGUAAUCAGCACGCUGACGUCCGUCGCGUCUGUUCUGGAGUACCCCAAAGACUUUAUCAAGGAUUCCGUGCGGCCUGCUUAUUGGGUGGCGGACGCCGACGCGAAGAACUGUGCAAUAUGCGAAAUGGCUUUUGGCUCUCUGGAGAAGCUCUCACCAGGUGCCAAUGGCAGUCCGACGGGCGGGGGCAGUCCGAGCCGCAAUGCACAGCUGGAUCGCGAUCGUCGGCGGCAUCACUGUCGCUCUUGCGGCUGUGGCGUGUGCAACAACUGCUCGCGAGGACGCCGCCCGGUGCCGAGCCGCGGCUGGACAACGGACGUGCGCGUGUGCGACAAGUGCAUCAGCCUGGCAGACUGAAGUCCUUCUCCUGAUACUCCUUCUUUGUGGCUUGUGAUAGAAAUCGUGUGGUUCUAUUCAAAGCUGGACUGGGUGAUCCUCAAAACAAGGACUCGACAAUGCUUUUUAUGGACAUGUUUUUAUUUUCAUUCCAGGUACAUGAAAAGUUUUCGAGUUGAUCGAUUUAUC